AUGGCACCCGUACCCCGUGCAGGCGCGAUUCUCGUCACCCUAGCCGCCCUCUCCUCCUCUUCCUCCUCUUGGUCCGACCCCCCUUACUCUCACGGUCCAACGAUCCCUAUAAUCGCCAGCACAGUGACAAGAAUCCUGGAGCGCUGUUCCCUCACUUAUAUUGCCAGUGUUUCUGACUCUAAUGCUGCCUCGCGGCUGCACUGUUUGGCCGCGCUCUCAGAAGCCGCUAUCAAUAAGCAUUACAAAAGACCGUUUUUUGCGCAACCUUUUACGAAGAAGGCAGUCUUGACUAUUUAUUUGCUUGCUUGUCUUGGAGGAUUUGUGCUGAUAGCGCUUUUGGUCUCUGUGUGUUCUGGUAUUAAACGAAGUUCUAAAGCUAAGAAGAAGGAGGAGGAGGAAGCGUUGGCGAGGGCAAGAAUAAAUACAACGAACACAUGGGGUAGGUAG